ACGAAAGCGAAAUUGUGUCAGUCGUAGUAAUUUUUCACAUAAUAUUUUUCUUGAAAUCAAUUCUGGCGACAAAAGUAAAAGAAAUUCUUUUCACAAAAUAAGAAUGGCAUCGUUUUGGAAUCAUACCAUCCGCCGUUUUAUCCAAACAACUGCAGCUCGCCGUUCGGCGGCUGAACAUGGAAGCAGUGAAGAAAAAGUCGUUUUGUGGAGACGUUUAACAUACUUCGUUGGAUUUCCAGCCAUUGCUUUAGGUAUGUUGAACGCAUACUUGGGUCACGUAGAACAUGCAGAAGAGCCUCGUCCAGAAUUUGUUCCCUAUGAACACUUGCGUAUUCGCCGAAAGGAAUUCCCAUGGGGUGAUGGUAAUCACAGUCUUUUCCACAACCCAGUCGUAAACGCAUUGCCAGAUGGCUACGAAGUUCCAGAUCCAAAUGAAGGAAAGCCACGCAAACACCAUCAUUAAGCCAGCUGCCCAUUAACAGUUUAGUGUUUGAAUAAUAGACAUUUUUUCUCUUGUGUAAUCAACAAGUCUUGCUACACAAAAUGGACGUAUGCAGAUGCAUCUCGAUUGUAAUGGAUUAUGCAUUGAAAAUAAAAUAAAUACAAAGGAAAAUAAAACCAAAAAAAAAAAUACAAAUUAA